GGAGAGAAGGUGACGGCGACAAUGGCGAAUUUGAUGAUGAGAUUACCAAUUGGCUCGAGGAGCUUCUCCGUUUCAGCUUCUUCAUCCAACAACGGAUCGCCGCCGGUGAUCGGAGGAUCAAGCGGCGGUGUAGGUCCGAUGAUAGUGGAAUUACCGUUGGAGAAGAUACGGAGACCGUUGAUGAGAACUAGAUCCAAUGAUCAGAACAAAGUGAAGGAGCUUAUGGAUAGUAUCAGUGUAAUCGGUCUUCAAGUUCCGGUGAAGUAACUCUUUAUUUGACUUAAAGAUUUUCAGCUUUGAUCUUUUUAUUAUGAUUGUGUUUUUUGUUUAAGAAAGUUUUGAGUUUUU